AUGGCCAUACCUGAUAUUAACAUCUCAAUUGAUCGUGGAGGCACAUUCUGUGAUGUCCUAGUCCAGGUCCCUGGACGAGAAGACCUUGUGUUCAAAUUACUCUCUGAGGAUCCACAGAACUAUCGUGAUGCACCAACAGAAGCAAUUCGCAGGGCAUUGGAGACUAUUGAAGGGCACGCGAUACCCAUCGGGCAAAAGCUAGAUGGCUCAAGGAUAGUAUCUUGUCGCAUUGGUACGACCAUAGCGACGAAUGCUUUGCUUGAAGGGAAAGGUCGGGAGUUUGCCUUUGUCGCUACGAAAGGCUUCAAGGAUGUCUGCGUUAUUGAUGAUCAGACUCGUCCGAAGUUAUUUGAUCUGAAUGUCAGAAAGCUUCCUGCGUUGCAUGCAGUAUCCGUUGAGAUUGAUGAACGUGUCACUGUCGAAGACUAUGAUCUUAAUCCAUUCCCUCUUGACAAGUCAGCAGAAAUCACUGAUCCUGCGUUGUCAAAGACUCCGAGUGGGGAGGUUGUUCGGAUUUUGAAACCUUUGGAUCCAGACAACGUUCGAACAGUUCUCAGUGAGCUCCGAUCGGCGGGUCAUACUUCGGUAGCUAUCUCACUCAUGCAUUCGUAUUUAAAGAGCGACCAUGAAGAUCAGGUUGCAAAGAUUGCGACGGAGAUGGGAUUCGAGCACAUUACUAAAGCAUCAGAUGUUAGCCCUGUCAUCAAAUAUCUCCAGCGCAGCAGCUCAGCCUGUUCCGAGGCUUAUUUGUAUCCUAUUGUGAAGGAUUAUGUGUCAGCAUUUCAGGCUGGCUUCAGUCAUCUACCACGGCGUGUGGAAUUUAUGGGUUCAGAUGGAGGUCUCAGAGAAGCCUCAAAGUUCCGUGGAAAUGAGGCUCUGCUCAGUGGCCCUGCUGGAGGAGUCGUGGGUAUUGCACAGACAUGUUAUGACGUCUCAGAUGGAACCCCUGUUCUGGGUUUUGAUAUGGGCGGAACAAGCACGGAUGUCUGUCGUUAUGAUGGAAAGUAUGACUAUCUGACAGAGACCACGGUCGCUGGUCGAAAGAUCACUGUUCCGAUGCUGAAUAUCGCGACUGUCGCAGCUGGCGGUGGCUCAAUGUUAUUUGCACGCCAUGGUCUCUUUGUUGUUGGCCCGGAGAGUGCAGGCGCCCAUCCAGGACCAGCAUGCUAUCGAAAAGGAGGGUCACUUACGGUGACUGACGCAAAUCUAUUUCUUGGUAGAUUGGUCUUGUCUUCUUUCCCAGCGAUCUUUGGUCCAGAGGCCAACCAACAUCUGGAUUAUGAGGUCACGAAAAAGAAAUUCAACGAAAUCACACGUGAGGUAAACGAACAGACAGGUCAAGACCUCACCCCUGAACAGGUUGCAUCGGGCUUCCUUAAUGUCGCAAAUGAAACAAUGACUCGACCUAUGCGAAAUGCGACUGAGGUCCGUGGCUUUGCGCCCAGUCGCCAUACUUUGAUUAGUUUUGGAGGAGCAGGUGGCCAACACGCAUGCUCAAUUGCCAAUAAGCUUGGAAUUUCCAGGAUUCUUAUUCACAAGCAUUCUUCGCUCUUGUCGGCUGUUGGCAUCUCCCAAGCUGAUCUGCAAGUUGAAAAGACUUUGCCGUCUACCGGCUUCUUUCAUUUUGAUGAGCUUGAGAUUAUUAGAGCUCGGAUAGACACGCUCAAGACGCAGGCUCAAGAAGAACUCCUUUCCCAGGGAGCAGAUGCAUCGACUCUUGUCUUUGAGGAGUCUUUGAGCAUGAGAUAUGCGGGCACUGACACAAACAUCGCCAUUCCAAAACCUGGGGAUGAAGAUUACGGAAAGUCAUUUGAAACCAUUCAUCUCAGGGAGUUUGCCUUCAAGCUUGAAAGGAAAAUCUAUGUCGAUGCAAUCAAAGUCCGCGGUGUUGGUCGAAUGGGUAUUUCCACGAAGACCGAAUCGCCAUAUCCGCUGCUAGAUUCGCUUAAGAAAGCUCGCAAGGAUGUCAUCCAGAGUGAAGUUACACAGCCAGUAUUCAUCAAUGGUACAUGGCGAGAUGUUCCUAUCUUCAAAUUGAACUCUGUAGAGAGGCCCAGUCAGUGUCAAGGCCCAGCCUUGUUGAUUGAUGCCACUCAAACGAUUUUUGUUGAACCUGACUUCGACGCUUACCUUCUGCCAGACCAUCUGGUACUAGAGAGAACGGUGAAGGAUGUCACUCAGGCUACCAAUGAAAAAGAAUCAGAAACCAUUGAUCCGAUUAAGCUGUCCAUCUUGUCUCAUCGCUUCAUGUCAAUUGCUGAGCAGAUGGGACACACUCUUCAACGCACAUCCAUUUCAACAAGUAUCAAAGAGCGUCUUGACUUUUCAUGUGCGAUAUUCUCUCGAGAUGGAAAGCUAGUCGCCAAUGCACCACACAUUCCAAUCCAUUUAGGAAGCAUGCAAUACGCGAUUCAAUAUCAACAUCGUUUAUGGGGAGAUAAACUCAAGCCAGGUGAUGUUCUUUUGAGCAACCAUCCUGAAUGUGGUGGAACUCACCUUCCAGACUUGACUGUCAUUACUCCUGUGUUUGUCGAUGGAAAGUCGAGUGUUGCUUUCUACGUUGCAGCUCGAGGACACCACACCGAUAUCGGUGGUCUGGGCAUUACAUCCAUGAUGCCAGGUUCGAAGGAGCUUUGGGAAGAGGGAUUCAACGUUCGAUCGAUGAAAAUAGUCGACAGUGGAAACUUCCUCGAGGAAGACGUAAGAAAGGCCUUCCUAGCUGCUGGUGACUUUCCUGGAUGCAGUCCAACGCGCCGACUAGAUGAUAACAUAUCCGACAUCAAAGCGCAAAUAUCAGCUAACCAACGUGGAAUCUUACUAUUGCAGAAUCUCUGCAAUGAGUUUGGCUUUAAAUCAGUUGUUCAUAAUAUGAACGCUAUCCAAAUGAACGCUGAGCUGGCUGUUCGAGAUUACCUUAAGAGAGUGUCUCGUUCUAAAUCAAUGCCCUUGACAGCUAGUGAUCAUUUCGAUGAUGGGACGGUCAUCAAAGUCUCUAUCUCGAUUGAUGAGAACGGUGGAGCAGUCUUUGAUUUCGCAGGCACUGGUCCUCAGAUGUGGGGGAACUACAAUUGUCCCAUCUCCAUCACUCAUUCAGCGGUCAUCUACUGUAUUCGCUGUCUAGUCGAUACUGAUAUCCCUCUGAACGAUGGCUGCCUCGCCCCAAUCGAUAUUCAAAUCCCAAGUGGAUCCGUUUUACGGCCCAGUGCUUCCGUGGCAAUUUGUGGCAGCACACUCGCCAGUCAACGAGUUAUCGAUACAAUUCUUAGAGCAUUUGAGUGCUGUGCUGCCUUUUCCGGUUGCGCAAAUAGCUUUGGGUGGGGAUUGGGUGGGAAAAAUCCCCAUACAGGUGCUAUUGAACCUGGAUGGAGCUAUGGUGAGACUGUCGGGGGAGGUUGCGGUGCAGGACCCAAUUGGCAUGGUGAACAUGCUAUUCAGGCUCAUUCCACGAAUACAAAGAUCACAGAUGCAGAGGUCGUGGAGAAACGUACUCCUGUUAUUAUCAGGAGGCAUGCAAUCAACCCUGACACGGGAGGAAAUGGUCAAUACCGAGGUGGGAAUGGUGCGGUGCGUGAGAUUGAGGCGAGAGUACCACUAAAGUUCAGUAUUCUCAGUGAUCGUCGUGUGUUUACGCCGUAUGGAAUGAAUGGUGGAUACCCGGGUCAAGUGGGGAAGAAUUAUGCGUUCAAAUGGAAUGAGGACCGAACGGGGUUGGAAAGAAUGUCACUGGGUGGAAAGGCUGCGCUUUCGUUGGAGGCUGGUGAGAUUAUGCAAGUAAACAGUCCUGGUGGUGGAGGAUGGGGCUCUCCAGAGUAA